CGCAUCGGGCCACGCGUAGCUCCAUGGUCAAAUCAGAGGACUUCACGCAGCCGAUGGACGCGGAGGCCGACGUGCGUUCGCCGAAGAAAGUGGCGAUGCUCACGGCGGGCGGCCUCGCGCCGUGCCUCUCAUCAGCCGUCGGAGCGCUCAUCACUGAGUACGCGGUGCAGCACCCGACGACUGAGCUCAUCUGCUACAUCAACGGCUACAAGGGCCUGCUGCUCGGCGAGUCCAUCAAGGUGUGCCCGGCAAUCCGGGCGACCGCUGCGGCGCUCCACCAGCACGGCGGCUCUCCGAUCGGCAACUCGCGCGUCAAGCUCACAAACAUCAAGGACUGCCUCAAGCGCGGCCUAGUCAAGGAGGGGCAGGACCCGCAGCAAGUCGCCGCCGACCAGCUCAUCGCAGACGGCGUCGAGGUGCUGCACACCAUCGGCGGCGACGACACAAACACGGCAGCCGCAGACCUCGCCGCCUUCCUCCAGCGCCGGAGCGGAUACGCGAUUCGAGUCAUCGGGCUGCCGAAGACGAUCGACAACGACGUCUUCCCGAUCACGCAGUCCCUCGGCGCGUGGACCGCCGCCGAGGAGGGCGCCCGCUUCUUCGAGAAUGUCGGCGCCGAGGCGACGGCGAACCCGCGCAUGAUGAUUGUGCACGAGGUGAUGGGGCGAGACUGCGGCUGGCUCACCGCCGCGACGGCGCACAAGUACCGCGAGAGGCUGUGGAAGCGGCCGCUGCUGCCGCACAUCGGCUUGCACCGCGGCCGGCUAGACGUGCACGCGGUGUACAUCCCCGAGCUGCAGGUCGACAUCGACGCUGAGGCCGCGCGGCUCAAGAAGAUCCUCGACGAGCACGACAACGUCAACAUCUUCAUCUCGGAGGGUGCGGGCGUCAAGGACAUCGUCGCAAAGAUGGAGGCGGACGGCAAGGAGGUGCAGCGCGACGCCUUCGGCCACGUCAAGCUCGACUCCAUCAACCCCGGAAAGUACUUUGCCGACACCUUCUCCGCCCUCAUCGGCGCCGAAAAGGUCCUCGUCCAGAAGAGCGGCUACUACGCCCGCGCCGCAAAGGCGAACGAGGCGGACAUCGACCUGAUCGCGCGCAGCGCCAAGCUGGCGGUGCAGUGCGCGUGCGAGGGCGUCUCCGGCGUAGUGGCCCUCGACGAGGACGCGGGCGACGUGCUGCGCUGCAUCGAGUUCCCUCGCAUCGCCGGCGGAAAACACUUCAACACGGAGCGCGAGUGGUUCCAGCAGAUGCUGCGCGAGAUCGGCCAGACGGGCGGCGCGGGGCCGUACCCCGUCAACCACUGAGUUGCGCGGAGCUCUGCGCGAGGCGAGGCGCAAGACGACGGCGCAGACCCCGUCACAUCCUCGCGGCGCCCCGUCCCCGCGCCACCUGCUGCGCCAUCUGCUGUCCCACCCGGGCCGUGCGCCGUGGGGAGAAAGGGGUUCGACCCCCAUGAUCCAUGCUCGCAGCCAUGUGCCGUCUUUGUACUACCGUAGCGGUUCGUAAGCUAGUACUGUCGGGGGGAGCAGUGGGGCGGGAGAGAGAGGGCGGUGUAGCGCCUCCAUAGAGCUGUCUCCCAUCUCGAGCUUUAGUGUCUCUUCUGUUUCUGCGUACUUCGUCGCGCCAUUGUGGCGUGACCAUGUGGGGAAAA